AUGGAUGUGAAAUCUUAAAAGAAAGAGAUUAAAAACUAGUAAAAGAUGAAGCAACUUGAAGGAUCAGAAGAUUAAAAUAGCCUCGAAAAUAACAAUAAGCAAUUAGUUUUACUGAAGGAAGAGUUUCAUGCCUUAAAAUCUCAGAUGGGGAUUCGGAUGAUUCAAUUUGAAAGAGAGAUCCAAGCAAACUCAAAACUUAGAACAGCACACUCUCAAAGAGACUUCCCAGGUUCAUCAACAUCAAUUGAAUAAGAUGUGGCUAAUUUGCAAUUACAGAUUUAAAAUCUUUAGAAACCCUUGAUGACAGAGGUUACAAAUCUUAGAAGAGAAAAUGAGAAUAUGAUGAGGGAGAUUGACAGACUCAUGACUCAAUCGAGAGAACUAGCUUACUAAGUUCAACAGUCAAAGAGAGAUCCAAAAUCACUCAUAAAUCAAAGCUAAAUGAAUUUACUGAAUGAGCAGACUUCAUAGUAACAAUUUAUGAGUAAGAGGAAAAGUCAGUACUCUAAAAUGAAAAGUAUCAAAGAUGUUUAAAUACUCAACAGCGAUUAGAUAGGUUAAGAUUAGCUAUCUCCAUCAAGGUAGCAAAUACCUUUAUUGAAUUAAAACCUGAAAGAUAUACUUACUACCACUGCAUCAGCAAGCAAAAAUGUAGAGAGAGUAUUUACUAAAUAUCGAACAGAGCAUUAAAAAUCAGCUAAGAACUCAGGCUAACUUAAUAAUGGAAUAAUCCAUACAUUAAAAAGAUUUGAAAAAUAAAUGAUCUGA